AUGGAAAGUAAUGGUGGAGGAGAAAUAAGAAGAGUGAAUUUAGUUUAUUUCCUUAGCCGUUCCGGCAACGUUGACCAUCCUCAUCUCUUGCGUGUUCAUCAUCUCUCUCGCAAUGGAGUCUUUCUUCGAGAUGUGAAGAGAUGGUUAGCUGACGCACGAGGCGAUGCGAUGCCUGACGCAUUUUGUUGGUCUUGUAAGAGGAGGUACAAGAAUGGAUAUGUAUGGCAAGAUUUACUGGACGACGAUCUUAUUACUCCAAUCUCCGAUAAUGAAUAUGUCAUCAAAGGAUCUGAGAUUCUUCUAAGCUCUCCAAAGGGGUAUCGUCCUCAUGUAGAGAAGAAAGCUUGGGACGUAAGAAAUAGUGUUGACGGCGGAGAAGACGUUGAAGAAAAACUCCAGAAGACGAAACUAACGUCAGAGAAGAUCCGUAAAGAGUCUCCGGUGUUCUGCUCUCAGAGAUCGACGGCGACAACGUCGACAGUCACCGAGGAAUCCACCACGAACGAAGAAGGUUUCGUUCUCAAGAAACCAGAUCAGAAUAAAGUAUCCGGCGAAAGAGACGGUUCGAGUGAAAACGGGUCGGGUAACGAUGUAGAGUCGGGUCGACCGAGUGUAUCGUCGUCGUCUUCGAGUUACAUUAAGAGUAAGAAGAGCUAUUCGAGCGUACGCGCCGCUCACGUGUUACGGAACUUGAUGAAGUGUGGUGGUUUGGACACGAACGACGCCGUUUUGGUGCCUUUGAAUAAGUCUGCGUCUGGGGCUUUUGGUCCAGCUUGGGAAAACGAACGCAGAUACCAAUACCACCACCAACAGCACAAUGCUCGAAAAAGCUUCGAAGGAUGGAGUGGCAUAAAGAUGAAGGAGACAAUAGAGUUUUGUAAACCAAAGGCUACCCCAAGCAAGCCUUCUAUGGCUCCAUUAUGCGCGCAAUGUGGGAAGUUAUUUAAACCCGAGAAGAUGCAUUCUCACAUGAAACUAUGUCAAGGGGUGAAAAAGAAUUCAUCAGCGGUGACGGGAAAUAACACCGGUAAACCGAGGCAGCAACGUUGCAUAAACAUUCCUGGAAACCCGUUGGGACAUCAACGUGUUGUGAGAACUACUCUCAAAGAUUGAUGAUGGAUGGUUAAUAAUAGCUGAUAUAUAAAUCUCUUAUAUAUGAAGUAGCAACGAAAGUUUAAUUGCUAACGAAAUUCUCUGUUUGAUAAAAGCGCAGAGAUUGUUUGAAUA